AUGGCAAUGGUCAACAUGAACAACCUGCUUAAUGGCAAGGAUUCACGCUGGCUACAGCUUGAGGUCUGCCGAGAGUUUCAGCGCAACAAGUGCACCAGGCCUGACACGGAGUGCAAAUUCGCUCAUCCACCAGCUAACGUCGAGGUCCAGAACGGACGAGUAACAGCCUGCUACGACAGUAUCAAGCUGUCAGGCGUUACGCAUGCCAAAGGAAGGAACGAACGAAUGGAACAUUUAGAGUGGAGUGGAGGGACACUCAAAUCUAAAGGGAGUAGCCCACCCUUUACAAGCCUUCAGCCUUUAUACACAUCCCCAUUACUAUUUCUAUAUACAUAUCUACAUAAAUGUCUGCCAAAAAAGCUUGAGGCCAGAUGUCCGUCGUCCGGCAGUACGAGUUUCGCAAAACCGCCCUUUCCCUCAACAUAA